AUGCUCGCGAAGUUACCAACAUAUCCUGGAAUCAUAUCAAUACACAACGCCAGGUUCAACAAUUCCAAUAUCCCGAAACCACACUACAUAAUUGUGCCAGAAAAUAAAGAACAAGUUCGAGCAGCCAUGAUUUGUUGCAAAAGCUCUGGAUUUGAGACUCGUAUUAGAAGUGGUGGACAUGACUAUGAAGGCCUUUCUUACAUUUCUUACAAACCCUUUUGCCUAGUUGACCGAUCCAGCCUCCAGAAGAUCGAUAUUGACAUGCAAGAAAAGACUGCAUGGAUAGAAACUGGAGCUACCCUAGGUGAACUUUACUACAACAUUGCGAAUAAGAGCAAUACCCUAUCUUUUCCUGCUGGAACUUGUCCCUCUGUAGGUGUUGGAGGCCAUAUUAGUGGUGGCGGACAAGGACCGUUGAUGAGAAAACACGGCCUCGCAGCUGAUAAUGUGCUUGAUGCCAUCAUCAUCAACGUUAAUGGCACGAUUCUCAAUAGGAGAGGCAUGGGAGAAGACCUAUUCUGGGCCAUCCGAGGUGGUGGAGCAGCUAGUUUCGGGGUGGUUCUAUCUUGGAAGUUACGAUUAGUCGAGGUCCCACCUGUGGUCACUCUCUUCACUGUUGCUCGAACUCAUGAGGAAGGUGCUACGAAGCUUGUCCAAAAAUGGCAAAAACUAGUAAAGGAAAUCCCAGAGGAGCUUUUCGUAAGAAUAAACAUAGGCCCUAAAAAGGACUUUAGGGCACCCAUCGAUGCAAGCUUCAUUUAA